AUGUCUGAAUUCAGAAGGAUCAUGAUGUCUUCAUUCCUGAUGCUGCUGCUCCACUUUCCAGCUGCAGAUGGGAGACGUUACUACCGCACUGUCAGAACUGGAGAUGAAGUCACUUUGCCUUGUGACAAUGUGAUACAUGAUCAGGAUAAGUGUGAGAAUACUCUCUGGACCUUCUAUGGUUCAAGAAGCUCAGUGACGCUGUUUGAAGAUGGGCAGAUUCACAAAGAAGCCAAAGCUAAAUCAGACAGACUGAGAGUUACAGAGAAAUGUUCUCUGGUUAUAAAGAAGGUCACAGAGGAGGAUGCUGGUGUUUACGUCUGCCAGUUCAGAUCAGGAGAACAACAAGGUCCAGACUCUGAUGUUAUUCUGUCUGUUGUUUCCAUGACUGGACAUCAGGUCAAUGAUGAGGUGAAGUUAGACUGCUCUGUGUCGACAGAUGGAUGGUGUUUACACCCAGUGAAGUGGCUGCUUCAGGGUCGAGAUGUGGACAAAGAUCACAGAGAGAUAAACACAUCACAGUCUCGCUGCUCUGCCUCUGUGACAUUUCAGACUUCUUUCUUUAGUAACACAACAAGGUCUGAGUUGUUUACUUGUGCAGUAACUGAUGAGGACACAGGAGAAGAACAUCUGUUUCCCUUCAGCCCUCAGUCCUCAGGAGAUGCUACAACAACUGGAACAGCAAUUGAUGAAUGGACAUCUGAAAACAACACCGGAACAGGAGCAGACUGCAAACAUCCAGAAGGACCAGCUGUGUGGUGGCUCAUCCUGGUGUCUGUGGGGUUAGCAGCUCUCGUCGUCACCGUGGUUACGGUCCACAUCUGGACCAGAGCUAAAGGGGGCAAAAAAGGGAUGAGAAAAAACCUGGAGCAGAAUGAUGAAGAUGAAGAUGAGGUGAACUAUGAAAACGAUGGAGAGGCUUCUGCCUCUGUGUGACUGAUCAACAACAUCAACUCCCCUCAGAGUCCAUGCUGUCAAACAUCACCUCCUCAUAUGUUACAGGAGAAAACAGGAGAACCAUGAGAUCAUUGGAACAUUUCUGAUGCCUGAGAACACCUGAGCCCCACGAGAGGCCCUUCAGAAACUCACCUCCAUGUGAUAGGAGACACAGCUUAUUGUAUUCAUUCCUUUCUGACUGAACGUCCUUUAAGUGUGCUCUCACAUUCCCAUACAUAGUUAUACUGGAUCUGAUCUAUAGUCUACAGUCUCUGGAUAACAUCUCUAUAUUAGCAGUACUUGUACUCACACCUUAUACCUUCACUUCUCACUGUAACUGCUGCACAUGUUCAAACAUACGAGUGUUGGGUUGAAUUCAGAAAAUAUCUAAAUUGUAAAAUGGUCCAUAAAAUGUUUUUCUUAAUUGUGAUCUCUAGAGAAAAUCAUUCACCCUAGUGUCGAUUUAAUUACUUUAAUAAAUGCUUUUAUCUCGUU